UCGUGCAAGAGUGAGCCACUAGAUUCCCUUCAGAUGUUCAGUCGUAGUACACGCCAAUGUAAGAAGCGCUUUUUCCUUUUAUUUAUCCCGUUUUUCUUUUCCUUUGCAGCGGGGAAGUGACUAAUGAAGCUAAUAUGGGGAAUAUCUACCGUGUAACUUAGUGCUUUAUCGUUAAUUCAUCAUUUAAGUUUUUCUGUCGGUUGUUGUAUAUUCACGACAAGUGUUUGUUGCUGAAAAACAAAAUCUAUUCAAAUAACGAUGACAGGUGUGAAGGCUUGGCCACUGCUUCUACUGCCGUUUUCACUGGUCUCUAUGGGCAAAGCAGCGUGUCCAUUUCCUGUUUUGAAUGGCAAAAUUGUCUUGUCCUCGGAAUCCAUACUGAAGAAUAGCUUCCCAGACAAUUCAGAAGCGUUUGUGGAGUGUGCUAAAGGAUUUGAGAGAGAUGAAGGUCCGACUUCAAUCACCUGUGUGAACGGGGUCUGGAGUCCAGUGAAAUUAUCCUGCAAAAAGAUUGAUUGUAGACAACCUGAACUUUCACCACAUAUGACGUACUCCAUACCUGAUGGAACAUUUUUUGGUGCCUACAUUCAACCCAUAUGUGAGACAGAAAUAUAUAAAAUAUAA